AUGUUCGGGGAAUUCUUUAUAGGCAGACACAAAUGGGAAAAUAAGGAAGAAACUCCGUUGCCAAAUACUAUACCAGAAGUGGAUGAAGUAGGAGCCACUUCAGCACCGUUAUUAUCAGCAUCAUACUACAUUGGAGACAGAUGUAAACCAUAUAAUGAUGAUUUCAUGUUGUGUAAGGACGAGCACAAUGGAGGAACUAUAGAUUGCUUAAAAGAAGGAAGACGUGUGACCAGAUGCGCUAUAUCAGUAUUGAAAGAUUUAAACAAGUAUUGUUUUGACGAAUUCAAGUUACAUUAUGAAUGUUUAGAACAAAAUAACCAAUAUUUCAGUCGUUGUCGUGCUAGUGAAGGUGUUUUAAGUAAAUGUGUAUUUGACAAUUUGAAAUUAGUCAAGAAGAUCCCUGGUGUUGAAGAGCAAAUACAAGAUAAAAAGAAUCCAAUUUAUGGACCAGAUUCAAAGGAUGUCAGACAAACUAAGGAGUUUUUGAAAAAGCAUGAAGCUACCGCAACUGCGACUCCUGCUUCUGCAACUGCUCCUGCCCCAAGCAGUAGCUAG